CGGCCAACUUCCAAAAUCUUGGCGCUCGGCUCUCCAUAACAUUUUUUUCGUCAAGAUGCUGACCGCGAAGGAAUGAACUUCGGAGGAUCCACCUGCAUCAACUGCGAUACGGCUAGGGCGGACUAGAAAAGGAACUGGGGAAUAUGGCCCCCGCCACACUUUCACCAGACGUAUCAAUAUCCUCGCACACGCUUUCCGCUGCGUCCGUCCCGACCCAAAUGGAUCUACCGACGCCUACAAACUCACUCGCAAGCCUUCUCAGCUCACCAUUCUCUUUCCUACAACCGAGGAAGCAGGCGCAGACAUCGAUACUUUCCGCUUCGAAAGAUUUCCUCGACCAUGUCGCCACUACGGUUAGCGAAACGCAGUCGCAGCGUCAACAUGAAUUGCGGCGAAAGCGGAAGCGCGCCAGGUACGACGACGCCGAUGUGGGUGUUCUUAACCUAAAGAAGUUGCAUGUGGAUGGGUUUGCGAUCAGUCAAGUCUUCGAGCAGGGACGCAAGAUCUUGGACAGCGUGGUGGAGGAAGUCGAGUUGUCGCUUCCGCAAACGAAUGCUGGAGACCUGUCCGCACCAGAGGACUCGGAAGAAUUGAGCGAAGGGUCGGAAGCCCCCGGAGAUUUCGCCAGUGGCUCAGACAUCGAAGAAGGCUCUGAAGAAGAGGAAGACGAGGACAUGUUGGACGGUAACAUGAUAGACGGCGAGGGGAUUUCCGAGGAUGACGAGGCUGAAGAAGCUGAGGAGGUGAUCGAAGGCGCAGAGGACGGCAUCUAUGAUGAUGAGUCGGAGGUUUCAGGUGACGAUGAGGAAGCACAAGAGUACCGUCCGGAUCCGCACGGCCUCAACGAUGGCUUUUUCUCUAUCGAUGACUUCAACAAGACGUCCGAGUUUCUGGAGCAGCAAGAUGCGCGCGGAGAACCUGUAGAUGACGACGACGAGGAGAUCGAUUAUGACGCAGAUCCCUUUUCAUUAGGGAAAAGUGGGAGAAAGAGGGGUGCAAAAACCGAAUCAGACGUGGAAUCAGAUGAGGGUGGGCCGACAUUCGGCAAUGUGGAUCUGAACGCUCCAGAAGGCGAGAGCGAUGACGAUGAAGCCCUUGAAGAGGGCGACAUGGACGGCCUAGGUGAUAUGGCCAAUGCGAACAACAUCAUGUAUGCCGACUUUUUCGCUCCUCCGGCAAAGAAGGCUGGCAAGAACAAGAAGAAGCGCGGGCGGCCUCAUCCACACAAUUUUCCGGAGAAGAAAGAGGAGGAGUUGGCCGGCGCCGAAGAUGAGAUGGAGAGGACGAUGAAUGCUGUCCACCGCGACUUGUUCGAGGAUGAUGAUGACGCGGAAUCAGAGGGCGAGCUCACUGACCUUGACCCUGCCGAUCCGAAAUCACGGCGAUCAGCGUAUGAGCGGAAACAAGCCAAGCUUGCAGAAGAGAUCAGGAAGCUAGAGGCUGCAAAUGUUGCAAAGCGGCAAUGGCAGCUCUCUGGCGAAGCUCGCGCCGCCGACCGUCCCAUGAACUCGCUGCUUGAGGAGGACUUGGACUUCGAACGCGCAGGAAAGCCCGUACCUGUCAUCACAGCGGAAGUCAGCGAAGACAUUGAAGCAUUGAUCAAACGACGUAUUCUCGCAGGCCAAUUUGAUGAGGUACUUCGCAGACGCCCAGACGAUCUGGCAACGGGGCAGACGCGCCGCGGACGAUUUGAGCUUGACGACACGAAGUCGGGCAAGGGCCUCGCUGAAAUCUACGAAGAGGAACACCUGCGCGAGACGGACCCCAACUAUGUGGAUGCUCGGGACGAGAAACUCAAGAAGGAGCAUGCCGAGAUCGAAGCUCUAUGGAAGAGCAUACGCGGGAAGUUGGAUUCCCUUAGCUCCUGGCACUAUAGGCCCAAGCCGGUUGUACCGAACCUCGAGAUCAGGGUUGAUGCUCCAGCGAUUGAAAUGGAAGACGCCAGACCUACAGCGGGCGGAGAGGUUGCUGGUGCAAGCAUGCUUGCGCCGCAGGAACUCUACAAACCGGGCGAUGAGAAGGACAAGGCGGAGAUUGUUACCAAGGGCGGGCUACCAAUCGCCCGGGAAGAGUUGACACGGGAGCAGAAGUUGCGGCGGAGAAGGAGAGAAAAGGCCAAAAUCAAGAAGGCCAAUGCCAAUGCGCCGAUCAAGGAGACUGCUGCAGAGAGGAAGACAAAGGAGAAAAAGCAGUUGCUUGGCGAUCUGAAGAGGGGCGGUGUGCAAGUCAUCGGGAAGAAGGGCCAGAUCACGGAUGUGGAAGGGAAGCAAGUGAAGGAGGGCGCGAGGGCUGGCGCUGGAAAUUUCAAGUUAUAGACGAUGUUGUAUGCAUAGUAGCGCUGGAUUCAAUACGUCUAUAAGUCGUGAGAUCCUUUAGCAAUCAUGCUCCCAUUAUGCUCGUCGUCAAUCAUAUCCCGUGACCUGCAAGCAUGACUCGAUACCAAAACAUUCGAAUGGCAAUUCUUAUUAGCCCGGCGCGUCUCCUUGCUCACCUCUUCGUUAUCCGGUAG